CCAUUAAUCAUUUCCUCCCUUCAGAGUCACGUACAUAUUAACUUGUGACUUGAAGGCAAGCAGUACACUAACUCUCCCCAAUGAGCAACAGUAUGGACCCCUGGAGCCCACAAGAUCUUGUUCAGAAAUCUCAGGAAGCCAAAAAUCUUGCCUACUGUCCCUACAGCAAUUUCAGGGUUGGGGCAGCGGUCUUAACAAGCGAUGGAUCCGUCUUUACAGGUUGUAAUGUAGAGAAUGCAUGCUACAAUCUUGGUUUGUGUGCUGAGAGAACGGCGAUCACCAAGGCUGUGUCUGAAGGUCACAAAACCUUUACGGCCAUCGCAAUUGCCAGUGACCUUGAAGAUCGCUUUAUUUCUCCAUGUGGAGCCUGUCGGCAGGUCAUGAGAGAGUUUGGCUUACAAUGGAACAUUUAUAUGUCAAAGGCUGAUGGAUCUUACAAUUCGAUGAAGGUGGAAGAUCUUCUGCCAUGUUCAUUCGGCCCUGAUGACCUAAGAGCAGGAGAAAAUCACUAGACUUUUAAAAAAUUACUGUUACAGCCUGAA